AUGUCCCGGCGUGUGUUUGCUUCCGCGGUGCUGUUCCUCCUCGUCGUGAUGAUGUGCUGCGGCCGUGGAGCUGCAGCCGUUGUGGAGGGUAAGUCCGGGGAUGCGCAGCUGCUUCAAUGGGCCGAUAUUUUUGUGCCGGAAAAGACGCAGGUGCUGUCGAAAGAGGGGUCUGAAGGUGGAGUGAAAAAGGCAUUUGCUGCGCCUUCUCUUGUCCGUGCUGGUGGAGUGAUGGUUGCCUUUGCUCAAGGCCUGUUCGAGUAUAACGUCCAUGGACAUGAAUUCUUUGGGAUUAAGCCUUACGAAAUUGUGGCUGGGUACAUCAAGGCUGCGGAUUCGUGGCCGUCCAUUGUCGCUGAGGUCAAUGCUGGUACAUGGAGGGCAUACACCGUUUUUGGAAGUGGGAAUGGCAAUGAUCAUGUGUGUUUUUUGUACCGGCCCACAGCAGUUGCAAGGGACAAUAAGGUGUUUCUGCUUGUGGGAAGCUAUACUACAAGAUAUUACAGCGAUGAUUAUGGUGGGAGGUGGGUGAAAGAUGGCUGGGAUAUUAAACUGGUUGAGGGUGUGGCCACGCAGUCCACGGACGGCAAACCGAGUAAAACGAUCAACUGGGGUGAACCCAAGUCGCUUUUAAAACAUAUCCCCAAUCACACUCAAGGUCAGCUGAUAUAUGUUGUGACUGCUGGUGGUUCAGGCAUUGUGAUGCAGAAUGACACGCUUGUGUUUCCCCUGAUGGUGAAUGGGAAAAAUUACCCUUUCUCCUCGAUCACUUAUUCGACGGACAACGGCAACAACUGGGUGUUCCCAGAGAGCAUUUCUCCUGUAGGAUGCCUUGAUCCCCGCAUCACCGAAUGGGAGACGGGAUCACUUCUCAUGAUCGUUGACUGCGAGAAUGGCCAGAGUGUGUACGAGUCGCGUGACAUGGGGAAAACGUGGACGGAGGCUAUCGGGACACUCUCAGGCGUGUGGGUCAUUUCACAACCAGGAGUUCGUCUAUACGAAAUUUUUCGUGUGGGAGCCCUCACCACCGCCACCAUUGAGGGAAGGAAGGUAAUGCUGUACAUUCAGAGAGGGUACACCUCGGGAAAUAAAAGGGCCACUGCGCUCUGCCUUUGGGUUACGGACAACAACCGCACGUUUCAUGUUGGUCCCGUUGCCAUGGACAAUGCUGGGAAGGGGGAGCUCGCCAGCACCCUGCUGCACUCGGAUGGGAGGUUGCAUCUUUUACAACAGAGGGACAAUGAAAAAGGCAGUGCCAUUUCACUUGCCCGAAUGACGGAGGAGCUGAAUACGAUCAAGUCCAUUCUCAGUACCUGGGCGCAGCCUGACGCCUUCUUUUCCAAGUCGUCCACACCCACGGCUGGUCUGGUUGGAUUCCUGUCCGAUACAUCGUCCGGUGGUGACACGUGGAUCGACGAUUACCGCUGCGUGAAUGCAAGCGUGACGAAGGCAGCGAAGGUCGAAAAUGGGUUCAACUUCACGGGGCCUGGGUCCAGGGCAACAUGGCCCGUGAACAACCGGGAGGAUAAUAAUCAGUACGGCUUUGUGAACUACGAUUUUACUGUUGUGGCGACGGUGACCAUCCACCAGGUUCCGAAGAAGAGUACUUUUCUGCUGGGUGCGGGUCUGGAGAACAGUAAUAGUAAGAAGUUCAUUGGGCUGUCGUACAGCAUGAAUAAAACGUGGGAGACGGUGUUUGACGGGAAAACAAAAGCACAGAUAAGCACUUGGGAGCCGGGGAAAGAACACCAAGUGGCGCUGAUGCUGCAGGACGGCCACAAGGGCUCCGUGUACGUGGAUGGUGUGAUUGUGGGGAGCUUGGAGACGAUACCAACACUUGGGGCGCUGGGACAUAAAAUCACAUAUUUCUACAUUGGGGGCAACGAGGGAGACAGCGGCAGCAGUGCGACAGUGACGAAAUUCUUUCUGUACAACCGCCCACUGAGUGUCGGUGAACCAAAACUAGUCAAGAAGAGCGAAGGCUCCAUGCUUGGGGGCGUGUUGCUGCUGCUGCUGCUGCUGGGCUGUGCGGCUUUGUGGCCCUCUACGGGGCGUAACGCGGCGGGACCCCUGCCUCCAGCGGGAGCAAAAUGUACCUCUCCACGCACCUUCCUAAAUAAUUGA